AAUCAUUCCAUGUCAGCAGUAAGAAUUUGGAGAAUUUACUCACAAGACCUAAUUAGGAGAAGGAAUUUGACUUGGAAAUGGACACGAAGUUAAACAAUUGCUUUGUAAAUGUUUGCUAGCUCCUCAAUCGAAAAUGGACUGGACAUUGAAAAGUGGAUCAAGCCACUAAGCCCUACGUUUACCUUCUUAAGUUUUUCGUCCAUGGUAGAAUGUAGUAGAAUGUGUUUGAAUAUGCUACGUUGAAUCUCCGAGACCUACUGCUUUAAAGCUCUUUUGGAGAAUGUCGAGAAGCACUGCCACUUGUGCAGAGUACUCGUGGGAAUCUUUGCAUUUGGCUCAAACGGCAACUGGUGUGUAAUUUGAUGGGCUGCAAUUCAGAGGUGAACGCAGUAUUGGGUGUGCAUGCAAGAGGCUGCAGCAGCGCCAUUGGGACGUGAGUGGGUUUAAUUCGCAGCGGCACGUGUCGUCGAGGGCCACUGGAUUUUGGAGGUUGCCUUAGGAGGAUCAGCCAUGGGCACGGGCUAUACGAUUGCGGAGAUUGUGGUGUACCCUGUGAAAGGUUGCAGGGGCGUGUCUGUGCCGAGCGCUGCAAUAUCCUUUACAGGAUUUUUAUUCGAUAGAGAAUGGAUGGUGGUAAAGGCCGAGAAUGGACGGGCAAUUACCAUGUCUAGAGCUCCCAAGCUUGCAUUGGUGCAGCCCUCACUGCCUACGAUUGCCAUGCGAGGGGAGUCUGUUCCAGCCAGCGCAACCUUAGAGAUCAAUGCACCGGGCAUGAAGGCAUUGAAUGUGCCACUGCGGAAAUGCCCUAGCACAGGGAAGGCACGCCAGGGGGAGAGAGGCCAUAUUGUGGACGUAGGAAUGCCAACUUUGAAGGGCGUCUAUGAAGGACAGGGGGUGGACGAAGGGCCUGAGGCUGCAGCAUGGUUCACUCAGUACUUGGAUAUACCAGCACGUCUUGUUCGAUUUGAUCCCACUGCCACAAAGGAGAACAGGCAAGCAGAAGAUGCGCCAGAAGGAUAUGUUACCGGAUUCGUAAAUACCGGCCAAUUCCUAUUCGCAUCGGAGGCUUCUCUGGAUAAAGUCAACUCGUAUUUCACCACGGCCCCAUUUCCUAUGAAUCGAUUUCGUCCAAACAUCGUCGUUCGAGGACCACCUUCUUUUGAAGAAGACAAGUGGCGGCAGUUCACCAUCGAGCACAUGGGGACCCAUUUGAACUUUUCGUAUGUCAUGAAUCGGGGGAUGUGUAAGGUGCCCACUAUAAACCAGGACAAGCCAGACUUGGAAAACGUUGAACCAAAUAAGACAAUGUUUACUUUCAGGUCGGGUCCUCAUGUGGGCUUGGAGUUUGAGAAAGUGAAAAAGGUUUACUUUGGAUCAUACUUCGUCUGCGACUCGACGAUUUCUACAGCAUCCAACUCAAAACCCCACGUGAUUGACGUUGGAGAUAAUUUGAAUGUGAUAACCACCAAACACGAUGACGUGAGCGUCAACCAUGCAUCACCUAAGUCGGGCUCGCUUGAAAGCAACAUGGACCUUUGUGGACCUAGGCCUGUCGAGUUAAUGUAUUGAAGUAAAAGCUUUAGGGGCAUGACAGUUCAGACCAGAAAUUAUUCUGGACUAAAAAACUUCCGCGUAAGCCAUCAUCCCAAAUAGAUUAUUUCUUACGCAAUAAGAUAAGUGCCCGAAAGGCUUAUUUUAUCAUGACUUUGGUAGCCACAAAAUUUUAUUGCUACACUAUGAUACCAUACAAUUUGCUAUGGAAGUGAAAAAUUUCACCUUCAUUUCGAACUAGCUUAGUGUUGCAAGCUUCCAACGUUUUGCUGGAAA